AUGGCUCCCGGCAAUCAUGCAUCAUGGCUACUAGACAAACAACGCCCUGUUAAUGCUGUCAAAAUUGCACCCUAUACAGCAGCUUCCAACAAUGAGAUCGUCAUUAAAAAUUACUCUGCAAUUUUGGGCCGUGAUGUUGCGGGAGAAGUUGUCGAAGUUGGCUCUUCGCUAGCCGACGUCUACAACGUUGGUGACCGUGUAAUAAGCCUGACGAGUUGCCUGGAGCAAAAGAAUAACACAUAUUGUCAUUCCGGCUUUCAGGAAUAUGUGGUCUUAAAGUCGCAUCAGAUUGCCAAGAUCCCGCAUGAUAUCGGAUACAAGGGUGCUGUGAUCCUACCUCUUGGAAUCUCGACGGCCGCUAGUUGUUUGCUUCAGGGGUCAGAUCUUUCAUUCAGAGCCCCUACACUCAACGACACAAACUACAGGAACGGCCAAACAGUUCUUGUCUGGGGUGGGAGCGGCAACGUGGGUUCUUGCGGAGUGCAAAUGCUCUCGUUAGCUGGCUAUGAACUUGUAGCUAUUGCUAGUAAGAGAACCCACGAUAUGAUUCAAAGUUUGGGCGCUAGUACGUGCUUUGACCAGGCAGACUCGACAAUCAUAGAUGAUAUCGUCGCGUACCUCAAGGGUAGAAAGGUAGUCGGCGCCUUUGAUGCUAUAUCCAGUGACUCGACUAUAGAAACCAUCAGUGAAAUUCUCGAGCAAGCCGGAGCAAUGUCAUCAGUGAGACCUGGGGCUAAACAGCUCAGAAAAAAUGAUGUCAAAAUCGUGGCAAAUUUCUUGGUACCACCAGAGCAGUACUUCCAGCUAUCUCAGACUAUACUUGGAAAUGGCUUGAAAAGUCGAUGGCAGACAAAACAGUCAAAUAUAUGCCACCGGCUGAAGUUGUGGGACAUGCAUGCUAAUUUUAGAUAA